CUGUCUGUGAACACAUUCACACAGUAAAGCUGCUGAUGAAACGCAGGAGGAGUUGCCAACAGGGAGGGACAUUGAAAGUGAAAGUAACAAGUCGGACUGACAGACGCCAUUUUCUCGUCGACAGAGCCGCAGCAGCAGAACAGGGUGAGUGUUAACAGCAGCUCUGCUGGGGUUUUACACAUUCAUUCUUUAGUGUGUCCUGCUGUGUGUCUCUAACAAGCAGAGUCCUGGAGUCCAAUGUGAUGAAAUGUUUGUGAGCAUCAUCGCUACAUGUCACACAGCAGCACAGUCCAGAUGGAGAGCAGCCUCACAACCCGUCACCCUCCGGAUCAAUGCUUGUUCUUUCUCCAACCAGUCAACACUAAACUUCUUCUUCUUGCUUUUUACCUUCUAAAAGUUCAAAUUAACUUUGCGUCCGUCUCGUGCAGUGUUGCCAACUCCUCAGUAAGGACAGCAGCCAUUGGCUGUCCUGGAAGUCGCUUAGUGACGUCAUCAUUGUAAUGGACGCUGUAGGAGGAAUAACGUCGUGAGAAACGUUACUAUACUAAACGCAACACUCUGGCGGAACUCCCGGAAGUAGUUUCAAAAUAAAAGCCGUGCUCCUGUAAACAAGGUGUCCGGUGCUGACAGUGACUCCGGGUUGAUAGCAGACAUGCGCAGAGUGUGUUGACAUCUGAGCAGGAAGAAGUUUCUGCUUCAGUCACGCCUCACGACUUCAUCAGCACUUCCUGUCCAAGCUGAAGAUCUGCCCGUCCACCAAGCAGAUCCUCAGGAAACACCUUCGUGGCUCUGUGCUACAGACUGGAGGAGAUGAAUGAUUUAAAAGAUGAGGAGGAGGACGGCUCAGUGUCUCCAGUCCCCAGCUGUCUGUCUCUGAAGACUGACUGGUCUAUGGGAGAACCUCCAGACUUCAGUAAUGAACCUGGACCCUCAGACACAAAAAAGAAGAGCAAAACUCCUGUUUCUGUGGAGGAGCAGCUGUCCAGCUGUGCUUUGUGUCAGGACGUCCUGAAGGAUCCAGUCUCUACCAGCUGUGCACACACAGAUAGAGGUCUGCAGGAGGUUUUAGAUGAACAUAGGAUCAGUCUGAGGAGGAGAUGUGAACGUGUGACUGAAGGAAGUGAUGAAACAGGAAGUAAAACCCUCCUGAUCUACACUGAGCUCUACAUCACAGAGGGACUGAGUGAAGAGGUUAAUAUCCAACAUGAGGUGAAGCAGCUUGAGACAGCGUCCAAGAAAAAGACUCUCCGUGACGCUCCAAUCAAGUGCCACGACAUCUUUAAAGCCUUACCUGACCAACAGGUACACAUCAGAGUCGCUCUGACGGUCGGCGUCGCUGGCGUUGGAAAAACCUUCUCCGUGCAGAAGUUCACUCUGGACUGGGCAGAGGGUUUGGAAAACCAAGAUGUCAGUCUGGUGAUUCUGCUUUCCUUCAGGGAGCUGAACUUGAUCAAAGCUGAGCAGUACAGUCUUCUCAGGCUGCUCCAUGUCUUCCAUCCAACCUUACAGAAGGUCACAGCAGAGACGCUCGCUGUCUGUAACGUUUUGUUCAUCUUUGACGGCCUAGAUGAAAGCAGACUUUCACUGGAUUUCCACAACAAUGAGGUUGUGUCUGAUGUCACACAGCAGUCAUCAGUCAACAUGCUGUUGACAAACCUCAUCAGCGGGGAACUGCUUCCCUCGGCUCUCGUCUGGAUAACUUCCCGACCUGCAGGCGCCAAUCAGAUCCCUCCUGCAUGUGUGGACAGGGUAACAGAAGUACGAGGCUUCACUGACGUCCAGAAGGAGGAGUACUUCAGGAGGAGAUUCAGUGAUGAAGAACGGUCCGGCAGAAUCAUCUCUCACAUCAAGACAUCCAGGAGCCUCCACAUCAUGUGUCUGAUCCCCGUCUUCUGCUGGAUCACUGCUACAGUUCUGGACCACAUGUUGACUACAGACCAGAGAGGAGAGCUGCCCCAGACCCUCACUGACAUGUACUCACACUUCCUGCUGGUUCAGACCAAGAGGAAGAAGCAGAAGUAUGAUGAGGGACAUGAGACGAGUCCACAAGAGCUGAUGGAGGCUGAUGGGGAAGUUCUUCUGAAGCUGGGGAGGCUGGCGUUUGAACAUCUGGAGAAAGGAAACAUCAUGUUCUACCAAGAAGACCUGGAGCAGUGUGGUCUUGAUGCCACGGAGGCCUUGGUGUACUCAGGAGUUUGUACAGAGAUCUUCAAAAGAGAGAGUGUGAUCUUCCAGAAAACAGUCUACUGCUUUGUUCAUCUGAGCAUUCAGGAGUUUCUGGCUGCAGUCUACCUGUUCCACUGUUACAGCAAGAGGAACACAGAGGUACUGAAGGACUUCCUGGGGAGUGACUGGAAGAAUGACUCAUCCCUGGAUGUCUUCUUGUCUGAAGCCAUGCAGAAAUCCCUCAGAAGUAAGAAUGGCCACCUGGACCUGUUUGUCCGCUUUCUCCACGGCCUCUCUCUGGAGUCCAACCAGAGACUCUUAGGAGGCCUGCUGGGUCAGACACACAACAGUCCAGAAAUCAUCCAGAGAGCCAUCACCAACCUGAAGGAGAUGAGGAGUGACGAUAUCUCUCCUGACAGAAGCAUCAACAUCUUCCACUGUCUGACAGAGAUGAAGGACCACUCGGUACAUCAGAAGAUCCAAGAGUUCCUGCAGUCAGAGAACAGAUCACAGAAGAAACUCUCUGAGAUCCAGUGCUCAGCUCUGGCUCACAUGCUGCAGAUGUCAGAGGAGGUUCUGGAUGAGAUGGACCUGCAGAAGUACAACACGUCAGAGGAGGGACGACGGAGACUGAUUCCAGCUGUGAGGAACUGCAGAAAGGCUGUACUUUCUGAAUGUGAAAUGUCAGAGACUGAAUGUGAAGUCGUGUCCUCAGCUCUGAAGUCCAACCCCUCCCAUCUGAGAGAGCUGCAGCUGAGUUACAACAAGCUGCAGGAUUCAGGAGUGGAGCUGCUGUCUGCUGGACUGGAGAGUCCAAACUGUAGACUGGAGACACUGAGAUUGUGGAGCUCCAGUCUGUCAGAGAUCAGCUGGGCUUCUCUGGUCUCAGCUCUGAAGUCCAACCCCUCCCAUCUGAGAGAGCUGGACCUGAGUUACAACAACAAAUUGCAGGAUUCAGGAGUGAAGCUGCUGUCUGACUGUCUGGAGAGUCCAAACUGCAGACUGGAGACUCUCAGGAUCAAUAACAAGUUGAUCACAGCUGAGAAACACAAAACAUCUCAGCAGUGUGUGUGUCUGUAACUCUCAGACUAAAGAAGAUGAAUGAUUUCAAAGAUGAGGAGGAGGAGGACGGCUCAGUGUCUCCAGUCCCCAGCUGUCUGUCUGUGAAGACUGACUGGUCUAUAGAAAGACCUCCAAACUUCAGUAAUGAACCUGGACCCUCAGACACAAAGUAAGAGUCUGUUUCUACUGUAAACUGACCUGAAGAGGAUUCAGUUCUUAUGUUCUCUGAUAAUCUAAUGUUUUAUAUUUACAUGAGCCCAGUAGAGGACAGUAAAGAAACACAGUAGAGUACAGUAAAGAAACACAG